UGUUUCCUGUUGGCCAAUCAGAAGCGGCAGCUAACCCGCUCGGACGGCUAGUUUUGCCCUUCCAGCCAGCGGAGCGCUGGACCCGGUUCGGCCCUCUUCGCCAUAACACCUGUCCGUGGUGGCGACCCACUCCGGCCAUCUCUAUUCUUUUUUUUUUUUUACACUUGUGCCGCCAAGUGCCUUUUAUUCCCCCCCCAUCCUCCGUUGCCGCUAGCUGCCAGAGGCUAACUCGCGAGCCAACUCGUCGCCUGUCCCGAAGCCCUCAAGCCGAGCGGACCGGACGGGACCGGAGCGGGAUGAGCCAUGGCGUCGGUUCGGGUGGCUGUUCGAGUUCGACCCAUGAACAGACGGGAGAAGGACUUGAUGGCCAAGUGCAUCAUCAAGAUGGACGGCAGCAAAACCUCCAUCGCCAACCCCAAGCUCUCCGAAGGCAUGGCGGGGGAUCCGACGAGGGAUUCCGCCAAGACCUUCACGUAUGACUUCUCCUACGACUCGGCUGACUCGAGGAGCUCCGGCUUUGUCACUCAGGAGAUGGUCUUCCGAGAUUUGGGCCGGGACGUGCUGCGGGCGGCCUUUGAGGGCUACAACGCCUGCGUUUUUGCCUACGGUCAGACGGGAUCCGGGAAGUCGUACACCAUGAUGGGAAAUCCGGGAGACGCGGGUCUGAUCCCGCGGAUCUGCGAGGGUUUGUUCAGUCGGAUCGCGGACGCCGCUCGACGGAAUGAAGCUUCUUUCCGCACGGAAGUCAGCUACCUGGAGAUCUACAACGAACGCGUCAGGGACCUCCUGAGGAGGAAGUCCACCCAGACGUACAACCUGAGAGUGAGAGAGCACCCCAAGGACGGCCCUUACGUGGAAGAUCUAUCCAAGCAUCUGGUGCAGAACUACGGCGAGGUGGAGGAGCUGAUGGAGGCGGGAAACAUCAAGCGCACCACCGCCAGCACCGGCAUGAACGACGUCAGCAGCCGCUCGCACGCCAUCUUCACCGUCAACUUCACGCAGGCCAAGUUUGACGCCGAGAUGCCCAGCGAGACGCUGAGCAAGAUCCAUCUGGUGGAUUUGGCCGGGAGCGAGCGGGCCGACGCCACCGGCGCCACCGGAGUCCGGCUCAAAGAGGGCAGCAACAUCAACAAGUCUCUCGUCACGCUCGGCAUCGUCAUCUCAGCUCUCGCCGAACUUCCUCGGGACGCCAACGCCAAGAAGAAGUCGGUCUUCGUGCCCUACAGAGACUCGGUGCUCACGUGGCUGCUGAAGGACAGUCUGGGGGGCAACUCCAAGACCAUCAUGAUCGCAACCGUGUCGCCCGCCGACGUCAACUACGGCGAGACGCUCAGCACGCUGCGCUACGCCAACAGGGCCAAGAACAUCAUCAACAAGCCCACCGUCAACGAGGACGCCAACGUCAGGCUCAUCAGGGAACUGCGGGCGGAAAUCGCACGGCUCAAAGCUCUGCUGGUUCAGGGCAACCAGGUUGCUCCGCUGGACUCGCCCACCGCGCUCAGCAUGGAGCAGAAGCUGCACCAGAACGAAGUCCGAGUCCUGGAGCUGACAAAAGAGUGGACCAACAAGUGGAACGAGACGCAGAACAUCCUGAAGGAGGAGACUCUGGCGCUGCGGAAGGAGGGCAUCGGCGUGGUCCUGGAUUCUGAGCUUCCUCACCUGAUCGGCAUCGACGACGACCUCCUCAGCACGGGCAUCAUCCUCUACCACCUCAAGGAAGGACGAACGUGCGUGGGCAGAGAGGACGCCGCCACCCAGCAGGACAUUGUUCUUCACGGCGCCGAGGUAGAGAGCGAGCACUGCGUGUUUGAGAACGGCGGCGGCACUGUGACGUUGGUGCCGCUGGGCGCCGCGCCGUGUUCCGUCAACGGGACCAACGUCGCCGGGCCCGCGCGGCUCAACCAAGGCGCCGUCAUCCUGCUGGGCAGAAGCAACAUGUUCCGCUUCAACCACCCCAAAGAGGCUGCCAAGCUGCGUGAGAAACGCAAGAGCGACCUGUCGUCCGCCUUCAGCCUGUCCCGGUCCUGCGAGAACCUCUCUGCUGUCCUGCUCUACAACCCGGGGCACAUGUUUGCUGCACGCGUGAGCUCCCGCCGUGUGACUGACGACGUUGUCGACGACGUCAGGUUGGAGUUGGAGCGUCAGCGCCGCGAGGAGCUCGGCAGGUUGGAGGCGACAAGGCGUCUGAUCAAGGAGAUGGAAGUCAAGCAGCGGAGCGAGAAGGCCGAGCUGCAGCGUCUCCAGCAGGAGGUGGCGAGCCAGCGCAAGGAGUCGGAGGAGGUGCGCCAGAGAAACCUACGCCAGGAGGAAAUCCUGCGGCGCCGCAGUCAGGACAUGGAGAGCCGUCUCCAAGACUUCCUGGAGGAGAAGCGGCGCUUUGAGGCGGACAGAAGAUCCGACCUCCCGGCGGAGGGACCGCGAGGUGAGGGAAUGUACCGAGAGCUCGAGAAGCUGAAGCUGAAGCUGAAGCGGGAGCGCCGCCUGGAGGAGCAGGAGGGCCAGCGGCUGACGCUGCUAAGCAGCCUCAAGGAGCAGCUGAGAGACCAACAACAGCUCGCCGUCACUUUGAUGAGCCGCGAGGACGCCCGACGUCUGGAGGAAGAGAAACGGGAACUGGCAAAUAUCAGAGAGGCGCUCCUGUGCGCCAAGGAGGUCAGAGGUCAGGUGGGGGAGGCCGGAGUGACGUCCGGAGACGAGGCCGCCGCCUGUGCUCGCUACUUUGACUUCAAGGCCUCGCAGGUGCAGGAGCUCGGCCGGUUGGGAUCGAGUCUCCAACAGCAGAGGGCGCGCGUGGAAAAGGAGGCGGCCAGCGAGCGAGCCACGCUCCGUCUCCUUGAGGAGCACCUGAAGGAGGCGCCGUACGUGUGCCAGGAGGAGCGGGAGCUCCUCAAGCAGACGCGGCAUCGGCUGCGGUCCGUCGAGCUCCAGCUGAGCGCCCUGGACGCCGAGCUUCUGCCCGCGCUGGCCCAAGAGAAGCGGCGAGCCGAGGAGGCGCUAGAACGCAACGGCAACUACCCGAGUCCUCCUGGCCUGGACAACUUCCUGCAUCAAGUGGAGAGAGAGAUGGAAGACAAGGAGGAGAAGCUGAAGGUCCACCGGGCCAGCGAGCAGCUCCAGGAGACGCUUUGCUUCAUGGCCAACGUGGCCCGGCAGGAGGAGGACAAGGUGAGGCGCGAGGAGACGGAGAUCCCGGAGGCCGUGGCGGGCCCGGAGACGGAUGCCCAGGAGAACCGGGUGCAGAACCCGAGGACGGGUCCGGAUCUGGAUCAACAUAGCGUAAAGCCAGAGAUCCAAAAGAUGGGAGAGCACAUCAGCGAAGGGCAGGAGAAGAUUUCAACUCUCAUGGACGACAACGCGGCGCACGGCAGUUCGCUCAUUCCCAUCUCGGACGACAGGAUCAACGCGUACAUUGAGGAGGAGGUUCAGCGGAGGCUACGGCAGAUAAACCUCAACGGAACCAGUACCAGGAUGGACCUGGCGCGCUCCUGCGAGUCGCUACAGGAGGAGAACCCCGGCGAGAGAAGAUCAACUGAGGAGGAUAAGCAGCGGCUCAACAACAAUGAUCUACUAAAGUCCAAACAUCGGCGGGGCGUCUCGGCGCCCCCGCCGCGUCGCCGGGAGCCGAUCGCCGUCGAGAUCCCUCGCUACGUCCUCAGAGGUCAAGGCAAGGAUGAGCACUUUGAGUUUGAGGUCAAGAUGAGCGUGAAGGACGAGACGUGGACGGUGUUCCGUCGUUACAGUCGCUUUCGAGAGAUGCACAAAAGUCUCAAGUUGAAAUAUCCUCAGUUGGCAUCUCUGGAAUUCCCUCCCAGGAAAAUCUUUGGAAACAAAGACGAAAGAAUGGCGGUGGAACGCGGGAACCAGUUGGAGCGUUACCUGCGGCGUUUGUUUGCGGUGAUGUUGUCGUCGUCGGGCUCGCCGCUGCGCGUCGCCCUGGAGCCGUCCGACGAUUCCGAGGGCGCGCCGGCCGUGUCCAAGCGUUCCGUUUGCGAGCUGUCGCCCUUCUUCAAGAAAGGCGUCUUUGAGAGCGGCCGCCACGGAACCGGCUGA